GCCUAAUCACAAUCGCAAAUUGAAUAACUCUGAUCCUGCACCGAUGUUUAUGAGAUCAUCAAUCGUUCAGAGUGAUGUGCGGAUUUAAGGCUACUUCGGUCGCGGACUCAUCUCGUUCGGUGCUUAGUGAGUGUUUGCAUUUCGACAACAACAGAUCCAUCAUACCCACACCACGCAAGUGAGAUCAUGACCGUCGUCAGUCGUAUUUUGAGCGCUUCCAGCAAGAUUCUCCUGUUGCCAUCGCGAGGCAUUGCCACAACACCAGUGUCUCACAUAAAGCCCAGUGCCUUCAGUCAGAUAGCCCAAAGUAGCAGUAAGCUUCGGAACGUGACCAUGUUAGCAGAACGUAAACCUUUCUCGGCGGACUUUUUCUUCCGUCAGCUUUUCGACGACAAUUCAUGGACCUACAGUUACUUGUUGGCUGAUAUAAAUUCCAAAGAAGCUGUUCUUAUCGAUCCUGUAUUGGAACAAGCCACGCGUGAUACCAAGCUGAUCCAGGAACUGGGAUUUAAACUCAUUUACGCAUUAAAUACUCACAUGCAUGCCGAUCACAUUACUGGUACCGGAUACCUAAAGCAGUUACUUCCCGGAACGAUCAGCGUGAUUUCCGAAGCUAGUGGGGCAAAAGCCGACAAAUUUCUGAAAGACAACGAAGUGGUUAAGUUCGGUCGAUUCGAGUUGAAGGCCCUGUGUACUCCGGGUCACACUAACGGCUGCAUGACAUUUGUAGUCGAAGAACAGGGCAUUGCAUUCACCGGAGACACGCUACUGAUUCGCGGUUGUGGGCGUACCGAUUUCCAGGAAGGCGAUUCACGAACAAUGUAUAAGUCGGUUCACGAAAGGAUUUUCACCCUUCCGGACAAUUUCAGACUUUUUCCCGCUCAUGAUUACAAGGGUAACAUGGAGACAUCCGUUGCCGAAGAGAAACAAUACAACCCGCGCCUCACGAAGGACUUGGACGCUUUUGUCGAACUGAUGGCUAACUUGAACUUGCCCUACCCAAAGAUGAUUGACAAAGCUGUACCCGCUAACCGUGAAUGUGGACUCUACGACAUACCAAAGGACAAGUGAAGAACAAAUCAAGCAAAAUCACAAACAUAUACCGGUUUAACAUCUACUUAUGAUCCGAAGCAAUAUCAGCUUUUAAGCAGUAUUUUAUGUUACUUGUAUGGUGAUCAAAUUUUGGGGUUUCACCGAAGAGUUUACUUUUUGUUAAAUAUAUAAAAAAAAUGCUUCAGUGGUCGAUCAAAUAUCAGGACAUGCAGCAAAUAUCAAGAACGUACUUGAACAAUAAACCUAUAUCUUGGCUUGUA